CCUUUACCUUCUCGUGACAUUUGUGUCUCAUUUCCUGCUGUCACAAAUCAUGUUUCCCAGUUUUCUCAUCUGGAAGAUGGAGAAAAUGGCAGAAUGGACUCACAGGGUUUGGAGGCUCAGCCUGAAAGCCCAGCACUUGGGAAGCGUAACAAAUGAUCUUCCUGCCUUCUUUUCUCUUUGGAGAAAGAUUCUGGAGCAGAUGGGGGCACAUGGACCUAGGUCAGACCUGUUAAGAGAGGGAGGGCAUGGUCUCCUGGGAGGAACAGGGGAGAAAGGCCCAUCUUAGCUGACUUUGAGGGUGGAAUCUGAGCAAAGCCUUCUGCUGAUGUCAGCUUGCCCCUCUGGAAGAUUGGGGUGGGGGUGGCACUGCUUGACUGAGCACUUGUGAGGAAUGAAAGAGACAAGUGCUAGAGGUGCUAAACACUGUGCCUGAUCCACAGUGAGUGUUUUUUAAUGGUCAGUUUGACUCUCUAUUUGUGGGGGAGAGGGCACUGAGGUUUGAACUCAGGGCCUCCUUGAUUAUUCAGCUGGCAUUCUUAUCACUUGACCCACACCUCCAACCCUGUGUUUUGCUGAUGAAUUGGAGAUGUUGUUUCCUGCAUUUUUCCUGUCCCGCUGACAUCAAGCUGUGGAUUCCCUUCUGAGUGGCGAGGAUUGCAAGUGUGAGCUGUGGCACUGAGUUCCCACUCUACUCUUGAGAGUUAGUUUUGUCUUUUGUUUGUUUUUCUUCUGGUGUUCUUUGGGACCCUUGAGUGAAAGAAAGUUGGAUUUUUACCCUUGUUCAUUGUACCUGAAAGCUCCUUUUUGGAGUUCAAGACAUCUAACUUGAUCAUACUCACGACUCUUGAGGUGUUAUUUUGUUUUCCUGCUUCCUGUAAGGAAUAGAGUGAUCUGUACCUUUAAGUUCUCUCGGCAGGCCCAAGCGGGACACUGGCCCUUUAAAAGCACAUUGCCGAGUUGGAACAUGGCCUUUGUUUAACUAACCAUGAUUGGUCCCAGCGGACAGGGCCGGACAGGGCUGGAAUGCUUGUGUCUAGGAUCAGAGUGGGGCCGGACCGGCUUGGGCUGAUGAGAAAGAGCCAGCUGUUAGGCCACUGGCCUGGCCUCACUGUCCCCAGCCUGAUGCCUGUGCUGAGGGACGGUCCCAUCUGAUGCCAAGGCUGAAGGAGUCUCGCUCCCACGAGUCCCUGCUCAGCCCCAGCAGCGCAGUGGAGGCGCUGGACCUCAGCAUGGAGGAAGAGGUGGUCAUCAAGCCUGUGCACAGCAGCAUCCUGGGCCAGGACUACUGCUUCGAAGUGACAACAUCUUCCGGAAGUAAGUGCUUUUCCUGCCGGUCCGCAGCUGAACGCGAUAAGUGGAUGGAGAACCUGCGGCGAGCCGUGCACCCCAAUAAGGACAACAGCCGGCGCGUGGAACACAUCCUAAAGCUUUGGGUGAUUGAGGCCAAGGACCUGCCAGCCAAGAAAAAGUACCUGUGUGAGCUGUGCCUGGAUGACGUGCUCUAUGCCCGCACCACGGGCAAGCUCAAGACGGACAAUGUCUUCUGGGGUGAGCACUUUGAGUUCCACAACCUGCCCCCUCUGCGCACAGUCACCGUCCACCUAUACCGGGAGACUGACAAGAAGAAGAAGAAAGAACGCAACAGCUACCUGGGCCUGGUGAGCCUGCCUGCUGCUUCCGUGGCUGGCCGGCAGUUUGUGGAGAAGUGGUAUCCAGUUGUGACGCCCAACCCCAAGGGUGGCAAAGGCCCCGGGCCUAUGAUCCGCAUCAAGGCCCGCUACCAGACUAUCACCAUCCUGCCCAUGGAGAUGUACAAGGAGUUUGCCGAGCAUAUUACCAACCACUACCUGGGGCUGUGUGCAGCCCUCGAGCCCAUCCUCAGUGCCAAGACCAAGGAGGAGAUGGCGUCCGCGCUGGUGCACAUCCUGCAGAGCACGGGCAAAGUGAAGGACUUCCUGACAGACCUGAUGAUGUCAGAGGUGGACCGCUGCGGGGACAACGAGCAUCUCAUCUUCCGGGAGAACACGCUGGCCACCAAGGCCAUUGAGGAGUACCUCAAGCUGGUGGGCCAGAAGUACCUGCAGGACGCCCUAGGGGAGUUCAUCAAGGCGCUGUAUGAGUCGGAUGAGAACUGCGAAGUGGACCCAAGCAAGUGUUCAGCCGCUGACCUCCCCGAGCACCAGGGCAACCUCAAGAUGUGCUGCGAACUGGCCUUCUGCAAGAUCAUCAACUCCUACUGCGUCUUUCCAAGGGAGCUGAAAGAGGUGUUUGCCUCGUGGCGGCAGGAGUGCAGCAGCCGCGGCCGGCCAGACAUCAGCGAGCGGCUCAUCAGUGCCUCCCUCUUCCUGCGCUUCCUCUGCCCAGCCAUCAUGUCCCCCUCACUCUUCAACCUGCUGCAGGAGUACCCCGAUGACCGCACGGCCCGCACCCUCACCCUCAUAGCCAAGGUUACUCAGAACCUGGCCAACUUUGCCAAGUUUGGCAGCAAGGAAGAGUACAUGUCAUUCAUGAACCAGUUCCUGGAGCACGAAUGGACCAACAUGCAGCGCUUUCUGCUGGAGAUCUCCAACCCAGAGACCAUCUCCAACACAGCAGGCUUCGAGGGCUACAUUGACCUGGGCCGCGAGCUUUCCAGUCUGCACUCCCUGCUCUGGGAGGCCGUCAGCCAGCUGGAGCAGAGCAUUGUGUCCAAACUCGGCCCCUUGCCUCGGAUUCUGAGGGACGUGCACACCGCGCUGAGCACCCCAGGCAGCGGGCAGCUCCCUGGGACCAAUGACCUGGCCUCCACACCAGGCUCGGGCAGCAGCAGCAUCUCAGCGGGGCUGCAGAAGAUGGUGAUUGAAAAUGACCUUUCUGGUCUGAUAGAUUUCACCCGGUUACCGUCUCCAACCCCCGAAAACAAGGACUUGUUUUUUGUCACAAGGUCCUCCGGGGUCCAGCCCUCACCUGCCCGCAGCUCGAGCUACUCGGAAGCCAACGAGCCCGACCUCCAGAUGGCCAAUGGUGGCAAGAGCCUGUCUAUGGUGGAUCUCCAAGAUGCCCGCACACUGGACGGGGAGGCGGGCUCCCCCGCGGGCCCGGACGUCCUUCCUGCCGAUGGGCAGGCUUCCGCAGCUCAGCUGGUUGCCGGGUGGCCAGCCCGGGCGGGCCCCGUGAGCCUGGCAGGGCUAGCCACAGUGCGGCGGGCAGGCCAGACGCCCACGACCCCGGGCACCUCUGAGGGGGCGCCGGGCCGGCCCCAGCUGUUGGCACCACUCUCCUUCCAGAACCCUGUGUACCAGAUGGCAGCCGGCCUGCCACUGUCCCCUCGCGGCCUCGGUGACUCGGGCUCCGAGGGCCACAGCUCCCUGAGCUCCCACAGCAACAGUGAAGAGCUGGCAGCUGCGGCCAAGCUGGGAAGUUUCAGCGCUGCCACAGAGGAGCUGGCACGGCGGCCUGGCGAGCUGGCACGGCGGCAGAUGUCACUAACUGAGAAGGGCGGGCAGCCCACCGUGCCAAGGCAGAACAGCGCUGGUCCCCAGCGGAGGAUCGACCAACCGCCGCCCCCUCCGCCACCGCCACCACCUGCCCCCCGGGGCCGGACGCCCCCCAACCUCUUGAGCACCCUGCAGUACCCACGGCCCUCGAGUGGAACGCUGGCAACGGCCUCACCUGACUGGGCCGGCCCUGGUGCUCGGCUGCGGCAGCAGUCCUCCUCCUCCAAAGGAGACAGCCCGGAGCUGAAGCCUCGCGCCAUGCACAAGCAGGGCCCUUCACCCGUGAGCCCCAAUGCCCUGGACCGCACGGCUGCUUGGCUCUUGACCAUGAACGCGCAGUUGUUAGAAGACGAGGGCCUGGGCCCAGAUCCCCCCCACAGGGAUAGGCUAAGGAGUAAGGAGGAGCUCAGCCAAGCAGAAAAGGACCUGGCCGUACUACAGGACAAGCUGCGAAUCUCCACCAAGAAGCUGGAGGAGUACGAGACCCUGUUCAAAUGCCAGGAAGAGACGACGCAGAAGCUGGUGCUAGAAUACCAGGCGCGGCUGGAGGAAGGCGAGGAGCGGCUCCGGCGGCAGCAGGAGGACAAGGACAUCCAGAUGAAGGGCAUCAUCAGCAGGUUGAUGUCCGUGGAGGAAGAGCUGAAAAAGGACCACGCUGAAAUGCAAGCCGCUGUCGAUUCCAAGCAGAAGAUCAUUGAUGCCCAGGAGAAGCGCAUCGCCUCCCUGGACGCGGCCAACGCCCGCCUCAUGAGCGCCCUGACCCAGCUGAAAGAGAGGUACAGCAUGCAAGCCCGUAACGGCGUCUCCCCCACCAACCCCACCAAAUUGCAGAUUACCGAGAACGGCGAGUUCAGAAACAGCAGCAAUUGUUAACCAGCCCGAGGAGGGAGGACCCUCCCCGAGGAGAGGGGACUGUGGUGGCCCAGGGCAGGGUCUCGGCCAGGAGCACCCCCCAGUCACAGCCCCUCGUGGUUGGCGGAGGCCGAGGCGCUCCCCUCCCCUCGCCCACUGUCCAGGAGGCGGCACGGAGGGAGCCAGAGACUGACACAGCGUGACGAGGGGCCUUUGCUUCUGCCCUCCCAGGAAGUGGGUCUGGGCACGGGCACGAGAGACUGCACGCUGUGGGGGGUGGGGGGGGUGGGCAGGGGCGGCCUGGGGGGCCGGGGCCUGCCAAACACACGUCCGUUGGUUGUCAAAUUUGGUGUGUGUCACCUUUUCCUCCGUGACUAGCCAAGUGCAUGCACCCCCACGCCCUCGCCAGGUAGGGAACGGCCUAGAGGAAGGCCAAGGAAGGCCUCCCGAGGCCUGGCCGUCAGACCUCUGCCCUGUGGGACCGGAGCCUCACGGGUGGGUACAGACAGGGAGAUGGCAGCAAAAUAGAGAUGGGGGGGUCCUGUGGCCCAGGAGCACCUGGCGCCGCGUGUGCAGCCCACGGGUUGUGUGCGGGGAGGAAGCCAGGGUUUGCCCUGCCCCCUGGCCGCCCCACAGUCGCCUCCCCUACCUCCUCCCUUCCUUACACGCGUUGCCACCUAGCCCCGUGAGAAUCCUGGCUUUUUCUUCUGGGCCCUUAGACUUGUGGGGCGUGCGCAGAGCCCGCCCUGCCUGCUGCGUGGGGCUAGGCUGGUGCUCUGGGGCUCCCAGAAGCCAGAGAGCUGGGCAGAGCUGGCCGCAGGGUGCCGUGCGCCGUAGCCGCCUUCCCUGGAGGCCCCGGGCAUCCGGGGUGCAGUGGCCCUCUGGGAUGCAGCCAGUCGGUGCUGUCCCGGAAAAGGUGAUCUUUCCUCUGCUGGCUGAAAAGAGGACGUCUGAGGCCCGCAGGCCCUGAGAAGGUGGAUAACUGUGAUUUUUUUUCCUUUCACAGUAUGCAUUAGAAACAAAAGCCCGCUUGCUCGCUUGCUGGAACACAGGGGCCUUUUAAAUUGAGCGUGCGCACUGCAUGGGAAAUAGCGGCCCUGGAGGAUGUUAGACUUGCUCCCUCACCAAGACAGCAGCCGCCUGCACCAGGCCCCGGGUGUGCAGCCGCCUCUUCCUCACCCUUCCCGGCCCCCCCGGCGCUGCAGCCAGGGGAGGGGCACCCCCACCGCUGGGGCUGGUUUCCCUCAGCUCUAGGCUGUUGUGGGGCGUAUCUGCCUCUCCCCUCGUGCGGGACACACACGGGCAGGAGCGCCGCUCUGCCUCCGCCCAUUGGUUCCCACGCCCUGUAGAGCCCAGGCUCUGACCCCAGGUCACCUAGGCAGAAAGAAGCUUGGGCUUUGCCCAGGCAGCAGAGCCAGGGCCAGGUGAGCUGUCUGCGGGGCAGACACGGGCCUGAGUCCCCACCAGGAAGGGUGGAAGUGUGGCCGGAGCCACAGGGCACAGCACUCGGGCCUGUGACCGGGGUAUCUGCCCCAGGUAGGGCUUUUAGAUUGGCCCUCCAGCCCCGUUAGCUAGCGGCGUGCCGGGCCUCCCAGUCAGAGAGCUCAGGAAGGGAGGAGAUGGGGGGCCGAGGUCCCGCUGCACCCUCUGCCCUGCCCCCCUCCGGCCCAGACCCUUGCGCUUGUGUUUCAGCCAGGGCGGCCUUGGGCACGGCCAGGUCCCAGUGCUCCCCCCUUUCCUCCAUCCGUGCCCCCCUCCCCCCGCCCUCACCCAUGCCUCCUAGCGCGGCCUCGGACACGGCGCCUCCUAGCAAUACGGGGGGGUCCCCAGGGCUGGACGGGAGGGCGCGGGGGCCAACCGCCGUGGGCACUGUGGCUGCCCUUGCAGGGGUUGAGGGCUCUCGGGCCGAGAGCCUUACUUACCUAGUGCAAAAACUGUAAAAGUGUACAGACUCUUCACAGAUUUUUAUCUUAUUGCAAGUCUGACGAUUUUUGUAAAUGUUCUUGGUGUUUGACUGUAAUGUAACUAUUUCACCCACGGGUUGUACAGAAGUCCUUUAGUCCUGGUGCUGCAGGGCUGGCAGGGACCACGGCUCCUCUUGCACUUUGGCACCUGGAGGACGGUGCUGGGCCGGACGGCGAGCCCUGGGGUCUGGCUGCGUGCCCCGCCCGCCACACCGAUUGGUCGGCUUUGCCAUGUGCUGUCUGGGUGGAGACUGGGGUGGGGGGGGGGGACCCAGGCCUUGGUGGGGCCGAUAAAGGGGUCUCCUGCCCAAGGCCACAGAAAACCCGCGUCCUCGGCUUCAUCCAGGCCUGGGGGUGCCCGAGGUCCCCGAGGGAAGGGCAGUCUCUGAUCGAGGACGGGCCUCCAGGUCUGCUGGCAAAGGGACCCCAAUUCCAUCCACCCCCAGCACAGAGCCCUGACCUUUGCUCAGCUCGUGUUCAGGGUGAAGAAACUGCCAAACUUCCCACGAAUGAAGACUUCCUGACUGCCCAGGAUGGGUGGGCCAGGGCCCCCCCAGCACCUCUCUGGGGCCACCACUCCCUCACCCCCAUCUUUCCGGGAGCCAGACUGUCCAGGGAACCAGCCCCUCUUUUCUACACCCUUGGCCACAGGCUAUCCCCAGCCCCACCGCGUCCCAGCCCCCUCUUUUGUAAGUAUGUUUAAAGGAAAAAAAUACAAACGUUGGAGUUUGGCUGGAGCUCGUCACUCCCGCCGUGACUUUUAACCAUGUAAUAAUGUACAGAGAAGUGUUGGUGUUCUAAGACUGUGUGGCUGUGCAAUUUCUGUACAUUUGCAAUUAGAAAUAUUAAAGAUUUAUUUAGCUAUUUUAA